AUGCCUUCUGCUGAGCCACCGAAAAAAUCCCAAAUUCUGGUUAUCGGAGGAGGACCCGGUGGAAGCUACGCUGCGGCUGCACUCGCGUUGGAGGGUUUCGACGUUGUCCUGUUUGAGAUGGCCAAAUUUCCUAGAUACCAUAUUGGAGAGUCGCUGAUACCUUCUGUGCGGCAUUAUUUACGUUUCAUUGGCGCUGAGGACAAGCUUGCUGCGCAUGGAUUUGCUCGUAAACCAGGUUCGGCGAUCAAAUUUAAUCAGUAUAUGCGCGAAGGAUACACCGACUUCGUUGCUCUAGGGGCGGAGAACAACGCAUGGAACGUCGUCCGGUCAGAGUUCGACCACCUUCUACUCCAACACGCCGUAUCAUGUGGAGUCCGUGUAUUCGAACAGACAAGGGUCACCGACAUCAGCUUUAUCAACGACGGAAAGGAUACUAAUACCAGCGAGCGGCCGGCAUUUUCCCGUACGUCGUCGUUGGGUUGUCCGGGGCUCCCUUCCGUCGACGAGAAUACUGGAGGCCGCAAGGUCGAGCUGGGACGCGCAACCAGCGCGCAGUACGAGACCGUUCUAGGCGGAAGGGGCGAGAUCAAAUUCGAUUUUCUUGUCGAUGCCAGUGGGCGGGCAGGGAUUAUCAGCACAAAGUAUCUCAAGAAUCGCAAGUUCAACGAAUCCCUGCGUAAUAUCGCUGUGUGGGGUUACUGGUGUGGUACUGGCAUGUAUGGAGCGGGGACAAGCAGGGAAAACGCCCCGUUCUUCGAAGCGUUGCGCGACGAGUCUGGGUGGGCAUGGUUCAUCCCUCUGCACAAUGGUUUGACGUCCGUUGGGAUCGUCAUGAACCAGAAGCAGCUCGGCCUGCGCUCGCGCGCAUCUUCGUCUGCAAGUACAGCAUCGGCAGCGAUGCGUCGUCGUUCUCAAUCCUUGUCGACGGCCACGAAGUCCGCACUAGCAGAGCGUUACUUGAGCUUCAUAGAACUCGCGCCUGGAGUGUUGGAUCUCAUUGGAGAUGGGAAGCUCGUUGGGGUAGAAGAAGAGGUAGAGGGAAUGGGCGUGUACGGGGACGGCCCGCCAGUGAAAAGUGCAAGCGAUUUCAGCUACUCUGCCGACGCCUAUGCUGGGGAGGGAUGGCGAAUUAUUGGUGACGCGGGCUCCUUCAUUGACCCGUUCUUUUCUUCGGGAAUCCACUUGGCUAUGACGGGCGCACUCUCCGCUGCAGCGUCAAUCGCCGCUUCGAUCAGAGGCCACUGCACUGAGCUGGAAGCAGUGCAAUGGCACAGUAGUCGUGUAGCAAUCUCAUACACGAGAUUUCUUGUCGUGGUAUUAAGUGCAUACAAGCAGAUCCGUGCUCAAUCUACGAACGUGCUGUGCGACAUUGAUGAAGACAACUUCGACAAAGCUUUUGCGUACUUACGCCCAGUCAUCCAGGGCGGUGCGGAAAUGGGCGCUCGGCUUUCGGAAGACGAGCUGCAGCGUGCGCUCGACUUCUGUGUCCACCUGUUCGAUCCGACUACCCCGGAGCAGCAUGAAGCAGUACGGAAACGGCUGCAGUCACUGGACGGUACUCUACCCGAUGUGCGUGAGGAAAAUGGUCCCAUGAACGUAGUCUUGCCCGAGGAUCGGGCGGUGCUCAUGGACGUGCAUGCGCCUCUGGUGGAUCUAGCAAAGCUUGAAAAAGUUCUGGGAGACCAUGCUCGGCUUCAAAAUUUCGACGAUAAGACGGAUUCGCAAAGAGGGGCGGUGGCUUCGGAAGUAAAAAUGGUCCUUGAGAAAGUUAAUGCGCGUCGGGUCAUACAUUCCGAGCAUGGGAAUGGACUCAAUUGCUUGGAGGAGGAAGUUGUUGAAGGGCUCGUCGUCAGCUUGUGCAGAGGUCAGCUGGGACUACGUAAGGCUGCUACGUGA